CUGAUGGCACAAGCAUUGGGGGGUUUUGAGAAGGGUUUUAAAUAACCCUCCAUAAUUUCCCUUCUUCUCAUUCACUCUUUGCUCCGUCGUUCCACAGUAGCAGACACUGAGAAAGAAACGAUGGAGGGUGUUUCCUACGCGCGCAUGCCGCGAGUGAAAAUCCGAGAACUCAAGGACGACAUGGCGAGGUUCGAGCUUCGCGACACCGACGCCAGCAUCGCCAACGCGCUGCGGCGCGUGAUGAUAUCGGAGGUGCCGACGAUAGCCAUCGACCUGGUGGAAAUCGAGGUGAACUCGUCGGUGCUCAACGACGAGUUCAUCGCUCACAGGCUCGGCUUGAUUCCGCUCACCAGCGAGCGAGCCAUGGCCAUGCGAUUCUCACGUGACUGCGACGCUUGUGACGGUGAUGGACAGUGCGAGUUUUGCUCCGUCGAGUUUCAUCUUAGGGUUAAGUGCAUGACUGAUGAGACGCUUGAUGUUACCAGCAAGGAUCUCUAUAGUUCUGAUCACACCGUUGUCCCUGUUGAUUUCUCUCCUGAUACUUCUUCUGAUUCCGCUGUGAACAAGGGGAUUAUAAUUGUCAAGCUGAGGAGAGGACAAGAGCUGAGGCUGAGAGCAAUAGCUAGGAAGGGCAUUGGCAAAGAUCAUGCCAAAUGGUCGCCUGCAGCAACUGUUUCCUUCAUGUAUGAACCAGAAAUUCACAUCAAUGAUGAUUUAAUGGAGACAUUGACACUUAAGGAGAAAAAAGAAUGGGUUGAAAGUUGUCCUACCCAUGUGUUUGACAUUGAUGCAAACACGCAAAAGGUAUAUGUUCAUGAAGCUGAAAAUUACUCGUAUGAUGAUGAGGUGAUUAAGAAAGCUGAAGCUAUGGGCAAGCCCGGGCUUGUAGAAAUCACUGCAAAGCAGGAUAGCUUCAUCUUUAUAGUUGAAACUACCGGAGCAGUUAAAGCUUCUCAAUUAGUGCUAAAUGCCAUUGAAAUUCUCAAGCAGAAGCUGGAUGCCGUGCGGCUAUCUGAAGAUACGGUGGAGGCUGAUGAUCAAUUUGGUGAGCUAGGUGCACAUAUGCGAGGAGGAUGAUCCAGUUAAUUAGAAGGAUUUAACUUUUUGUUUCACUGAACUUGUUUGUGUGACAUGUUGUCUUUAACUGAGUAGCUGCAACAUUUGUGUACUCUUUGAGCCAAAGAUGCUAAUUACUGUUACUACUUGAGAGAUUGACUCAGAUUAUGUCAUUCGGCUCGUCUGAAACCAAGGGCUAGCAUGUGGUGUUUUUUGAAUUGUAAUUACAAUUUUAUCAUUCCUGCAUCAUUUUAAAGACAAAAGUUAGGAACA